GAUUGUCUAGGAUCUUUCCGGUGGGAGUCGAGUUGAGCUUCCUGUUCCGACGGUGAAAAUGAGCUCCUCGGUGAGGAGGAAAGGAAAGCCGAACAAAGGAGGUGGGAAAGGGUCAUCUAGCAGAGGUGGCGGAGGAGGAGGAAGAGGGCGAGGAAGAAGUCAUUCUAGUAAACCGCAAGCCAGCGGUGGAGGAGGUGGCGGUAAAAAAGGAUCAAGCAAGAUCUGGGACGACGGCGAUGAUUUCUGCAUCUUUAGUGAAGCAAGGAGUUCAUCCAGACCCAGCAACAGUGCCAACAAGAGAGGAGGCGAAAAACCCAAACGGAGGCCGGAGGCCAAGACCCCCCUGCAGACCCUCCACAUGACUUCGGAAAAUCAGGAGAAAGUGAAAGCCCUUCUCCGGGAGCUCCAGGGACAGGAGCUGGAGCCUGGAUCCGAAGAGGGGGCUUCAGGAGAGGACGAGGAGGAAGAGGAGGAGUCCGACUAUUGCGACGAUGAGCCGAACUGGUCAGCCAGCCAGGAAACUUCCCGAGUUCCCGAUCACGCUCGCCUGGACCGUGCUGGCUUUGCCCCCGUGGAACCCCGAAUCCCAGAAUUUGAGGUUUCGCCUUUUGCCAUUCAGAAGCUUUCCAGAUACGGUUUCGACGCCGAGCGCUGCCAGGCCGCCCUGAGGUCCUGUGAUGGGGACGUGGGCGCGUCGUUGGAACACCUGCUCUUGCAGUGCUUUUCGGAAAGAUACGCGGAGAGGAUGAAGAUCUCUGAGGCAGCCGUCUGCGUCAGUCAGGCCGAGUGCCUGGAACAGAGACGGGAAGAGGCGUUUGCCCUCCGGUCCAUCUGUGGGGAAAAAUUUGUCGAGAGGAUUCAGAACCAAGUGUGGACAGUUGGAUUGGAGCUGGGGUAUCUAACGAAUAAAGUCAGCAAGGCGAAGCAAAGGGAAAGUGCCAGAGACGUGGCCAAGCAAGUUUCCGGCGAAAUCUGUAAAUUUUACCUUCAAGGCAGUUGCAGAUUUGGACCGAAAUGCAAAUUCAAGCACGAAACGCCCCCGAAGCAGCCAGCCGGAAGAGCGGAAGGCUUUGCAGACGAUGCUCAUCUUAGGUCGAAUGGCGACACCUCUUUUUUAUACGAGCUGGAAAUUCGAUUUUCCAAGAACAGCAAAUAUCCCUUCCAGGCUCCCCUGGUGGCAUUUUAUUCUACCAACGAGAACCUACCUCUGGCUUGCCGUUUACACAUUUCCGAGUUCCUCUACGAGAAGGCCUUGACGCUUGCCGAGACUUCGGAACCGGUCGUUUAUUCCUUGAUAACGUUUUUAGAGGACGAAUCUGAAAUGGUGAAGUUACUAACAAAUACCCAUCACAAGUACAGCCUUCCUCCCGUCAACCGCGCGCCGACGGUUCCUCCGCUUCCCAAAACGAGCGUAGCAGCGAGUCGCAAACCGGUGAUUCCGCAGAGUUCCUUUGUUUCCAGUCGGGUGCCGGACGGUAUGUUACAGUCGGAACCCGAGGAGGAGGAAGAGGAGGACGAAGGGCCAGGACCCAUGGUGGUGGAGAACGAAAGCUACGUGAACCUCAAGAAGAAGACUUCCAGGAGAAAUGACCGGCCAGCCAAAUCCGUCCACGUUGAGAACGCCAAAAUCUGCAAGCAGUUUCGGCUCAAACAGGCGUCCAGGCAGUUCCAGUCAAUCCUGCAAGAAAGGCAGUCACUCCCCGCGUGGGAAGAGAGAGGGACCAUCCUCGACCUGCUGAGCAAGCGGCAGGUGCUCGUCGUGAGCGGGAUGACGGGAUGUGGGAAGACCACCCAGAUCCCUCAGUUCAUCCUGGAUGAAACCCUGAAAGGACCCCCGGAGAAAGUGGCCAACAUCAUCUGCACCCAGCCUCGCCGGAUUUCCGCCAUUUCCGUAGCCGAGCGUGUGGCCAAAGAGAGAGCGGAGAGGGUCGGGCUCACGGUCGGGUACCAGAUCCGGUUAGAAAGCGUCAAGUCUUCCGCUACGAGGCUUUUAUACUGCACGGCCGGCGUCCUGCUGAGGAGGCUGGAAGGGGACACGGCUCUACAGGGAGUCACGCACGUGAUAGUGGAUGAAGUUCACGAGAGAACAGAAGAGAGUGACUUUUUGCUGCUGGUGUUGAAGGACAUAAUAUUGCAGAAGCCCGAACUUCGGGUUAUUCUCAUGAGUGCCACCCUGAAUGCGGAGCUGUUCUCGGAAUACUUCAACUUCUGCCCCGUCAUUAACAUUCCAGGUCGGACAUUUCCUGUUGAUCAGUUCUUCCUGGAAGAUGCCCUUGCUGUGACUAAGUACGUGCUAGAGGACGGUAGCCCGUACAUGCGCUCCGUGAAGCAGACCUCAGAGGAGAAACUCAAAGCGCGACGCAACAGGACGGCCUUUGAAGAAGUAGAAGAGGACCUCAGGUUAUCUCUCCACCUGCAGGGUCCGAACUCCGUCAAGGAUUCCGUCCCCGAUCAGCAGUUAAACUUUAAACAGCUCAUGGCUCGCUAUAAAGGCGUUAGUAAGUCGGUCAUAAAAACAAUGUCAGUCAUGGAUAUGGAGAAGGUGAACCUGGAAUUAAUAGAGGCCUUACUGGAGUGGAUUGUUGAUGGAAAGCAUUCAUACCCACCAGGUGCUGUGCUGGUUUUUUUACCGGGUCUAGCAGAGAUCAAACAGCUUUACGAACAGUUGCAAUCAAAUGCUUUGUUCAACAAUAGGAGAGCUAAGCGGUGUAUCGUUCAUCCACUUCACUCAUCUUUGUCCAGUGAAGAGCAGCAGGCUGUCUUUAUUAAGCCUCCCGUGGGCGUCACUAAGAUCAUCAUCUCCACCAACAUCGCGGAGACCUCCGUCACCAUCGACGAUGUCGUCUACGUGAUCGAUUCGGGGAAAAUGAAAGAAAAGAGGUACGACGCGAGCAAAGGAAUGGAGAGCCUGGAGGACACUUUUGUGUCCCGAGCCAACGCCCUUCAGAGGAGAGGCCGAGCUGGGCGGGUUGCGUCCGGAGUGUGUUUCCAUCUGUUCAGCAGCCAUCACUUUAAACACCAGCUCCUGAACCAGCAGCUGCCGGAAAUUCAGAGGGUGCCCCUGGAACAGCUCUGCCUCAGGAUUAAGAUCCUGGAGAUGUUUGCGGAUCACAGCCUCCAGUCGGUGUUGUCGCGGCUCAUCGAACCGCCGCACGGCGAGUCGCUGCGGGCCUCCAAAGUGCGGCUGCAGGACCUGGGAGCCCUGACGCCCAGCGAGAAGUUGACCCCGCUGGGCUAUCACUUGGCCUCCUUGCCGGUGGAUGUGAGGAUCGGCAAGCUCAUGCUGUUUGGGACCAUCUUCCGUUGCCUGGACCCCGCCCUCACCAUCGCCGCCAGUUUGGCCUUCAAGUCCCCGUUCGUGUCUCCGUGGGACAAGAGAGAGGAGGCGAACCAGAAGAAGCUGGAGUUCGCCCUGGCCAACAGCGAUUACCUGGCCCUUCUUCAGGCCUACAAGGGUUGGCGCUUGAGCAUCAUGGAAGGGGCGAGGGCAAGUUACAACUACUGCAGGCAAAACUUUCUGUCGGGAAGGGUUCUCCAGGAAAUAGCCAGCCUGAAGCGGCAAUUCACCGAGCUGCUCUCCGACAUCGGGUUCGUGAAGGAGGGGCUGAGAGCGAGGGAGAUCGAGAAGCGGUGGGCGCAAGGAGGCGACGGGGUCCUGGACGCCACUGGGGAAGAGGCAAACUCGAACGCUGAGAACACCAAGUUGAUAUCGGCAAUGUUGUGCGCCGCGCUGUAUCCUAACGUCGUCCAGGUGAAGACUCCGGAAGGGAAAUAUCAGAAAACCAGUACCGGGGCCGUGAGAAUGCAGCCGAAAGCGGACGAGCUGAAGUUUGUGACCAAGAACGACGGCUACGUUCACAUUCACCCUUCGUCGGUGAACUAUCAGACGAGGCGUUUCGCCAGCCCGUACCUGGUGUACCACGAGAAGAUCAAGACGAGCCGGGUGUUCAUCCGGGACUGCAGCAUGGUGUCCGGGUACCCCCUCGUCCUCUUCGGCGGAGGCCAGGUCAACGUGCGGCUGCAGAGGGGGGAGUUCGUCAUCUCCCUGGACGACGGCUGGAUCCGCUUCGCCGCCGCCUCGCACCAGGUCGCCGAGUUGGUGAAGGAGCUCCGCUGCGAACUGGACCAGCUCCUUCAGGACAAGAUCAAGACCCCCAGCAUGGAUCUCUGCACCUGCCCGCGAGGCUCCCGCAUUAUCGGCAUGAUCGUCAAGCUGGUCACCACCCAGUAGAGGCCGGCUCCGGGCGCCCCUCGAAC